AAUGCCAGUUAUGUAAUCAACAGACGCUAUACGAAGAGCAAAAUGUCACCGGUAUGCCACAACUUUGUACAAAACGCGUGGAAGAAAGAUUUUUGUUCUAACUGUUUCAAAUCACGCGAGGAACACUCUAAGCAGGAGAAAAACACAGAGAGCAGUAAAUAUAUUGCAACUCCAUUCCAAAAUAGAGGAAAUUUCUUCAAGAAAACUCCUCCGAGCAUCCUCAAGAUACAUCCUAAGAAAAAAGGUAAACGUACCGUACGUUUCCCGGAAGAGGUAUGUAGCGUUAUUGGAUAUGGAGGUGAUGAUUGGUCAGAUGGUGAAGAAUUCGAAGUCUCAGAAGAGAACGACGAAGAUGACACAUUCCCAGACACAGAAGAGGAGAGAGAGCUUCACAGAAUAACUAAAUCUAACACAGAUUUUAAUACAGUAAAAGCUAAUUUACUUGGCGAUUCCGUAGCUAAGUCUUACACGUCAUUAUUAUUGGGUAAGGUCCAAACUGAUUCUGACGGUAAAAAGAAAACAUUAAUGGUCUCAGUUACGCCGUUUGGUCAAGAAAAUAAGAGUCCUAAUGUUAAAACACACACCCGUAAACCCGCCGUUAUAAAUUUGGCUGAACAAGCAGCCGAUGAAUCUUCAAAUGGUUACAAAACUAAUAUAAUUCUUUCAACUUACAUAAAAGAAUCUGAAACUAUAAUAACAACAGAAGGAACAAAAUCUUCCGAUAGUAUCUUGUGCACAGAGAAAUCUUUACUUGAAGAAAUCUCUGAAACACUGCAUCAAAAUAGAAUAGGUGGUCAUGACCUUAACUUAAUCCAAUCUGAUUGCAAUAAGCCCUCUAUUGUUGAGGGUAAAAUGAAACAGAGUAUGCAAGACGACUUCGAUAAAAAAGAAAUGACUGAAACAAAAAAGAACAGCAUUGUGAGAAAGUCACCUUUGAACAAAAAGCAAGAACGACCAAAGGUAAAUCUUAGUCGAUCAGAGUUUAAAUUUUGCAAAAUUAAUAUUGAAAAUAGUAGCGUAGACUCCGGUGUAGGGAUACUCAAUUCAACCGCAAAUAAUUCCUUAACCUCAGACGAUGAAAGUUUCAGUGGUCGCACGGAUUCAGAUAAUGACGAUAGCGGACACUUUUCCGAAUCUCACAAAACGGAAGAAACUGUUAAAAUCAAAGUAUAUAACGAUGAUAAAAAUAUUAAAAUGUCACCGCUCGGACAGUUACGAAAGGUAGACGGACAAGCCAAUAGUGGAUAUUCAACAUUCCAAAGCCCGAUCAUUGACAUGCCGCCUAUAAUACCUAAACAACCGGAAGCCGUUUUCUCCGCGGAAGCCAGUCGCGAAUUAGCUGGUGAACCGGAUGGUAGAGCGGACCCAGAUGAUACCAGCGAAGCGCCGGCCUUACCUAAUAGCCCUGUCCCUACUAUGGACCCUCGUCCAUCGUUCCUACACGGUAUGAUAACUGAUAUAAUGCCAGGUAAACCGGUUCCGCCAGAAAAACCGAAGCUACCUGCAAAACCGGUCAUCAAACAAAACAAAAAAAAUGUUACGUCAACGCAACAAGUUAUUAUGCAUGUUCAAACAAAAAAAGAUGAGGAAGAAAACGCUAUUAAAUAUGCAAGCAAUCAAAUUCGUCAGUCUAGCGAAGAAAAGUCAGACUCUGUCUAUUACGCUAAGCCAGUUUUGACGAAACAGGAUAGCGACACGUCUCUGAGCAGCUUGUGUAAGCGUAAAGCACCAACCCCACCCUUGUCACCUACAGAGGAAUACUCUAGUAGCCUUUACCAAAGAAAUCCAAACGGGUUUAUGAAAUCUGACUCUCCAGUUGUGAGGGAAAUGGAAAAACGAGAAAGAGCUGUGAUGUCUUCCAUGCCAAAAUUAAGAAGUUUAGAUGACGAAGCGAAGAAAUCCGAACAAGUACCGGAACCAGCUCCAAGAAGGAACAUUUCAUUGUCGCAUGAUAAUUUACUCUUAGAUGAAAAACGUAAGGGUAAACUGAAAUUCUCAAUUAAAAAGCUACUUCGUAUCGGAUCAUCGAAAGACUUGGAUAAAAAAGAGCUAAGCGUCGCGCAAGUUACAAAAGUAACGACUAAAACCGAGGAGAUUUACGAUUUGACCCCGAAACCUAAGCCGCGUCUCGUUAUUAUACAUCCUUUAGAUAUUAACGGAUCGAGUGUUGAGGUGGUGAAAUCGAAUUGUGAAAUUUCGGAGAGCUUGCGUCGGUUGAGUCACGAUGAUGUUUCGUCAAUAUACAGUGGAAGCAGUUCAGCGACGGAUGACACACCGCCAAGGGUUGUGAACAAGCCGCCUCCUCCGCCGAGAAUAUCUAGUGAAGAUUAUAAGUCAGUGUCAAAUGUGCCAAAGCCUGCGAGACCGCCCCCACCUAAGUCUAUAGCUUUGCAAAAGAAACAAAAACAGCAAGCCUGGGCGGCCGCUCCAAAGCAAGACGAUAACAUUUAUGCUAAUUUAGGAGAGAUUAGAUCAGCGCUGGCGCCUAGGAAACCUGAGCGUACUGCUAGCAUGCGGGAACGUGAAUCGCAUUUAGAACUUGUGAAACGCAGAUCACCUCUAGAUGAAGAUAAGGAUGACACAGACGAGCCGCAGGAACUAGUACAAGCUACCAACGAUACAGUAAUACACAACUACGACGAUGUAUACAACACAGGAAAAUAUGACGAGGAAAAUUGUGAUUCGGCUAAAAACAGCGAUAGUGACUAUGAAUACGUACACCACGCCCGCUCAAGUUCUCCAGAAUGCGAUUCCGCGAUUAAAACCAGGGAAGUGGAGCGCGCUGACCGAAAGACUGAAGAUACGACAGAAUUCCAAAAAUAUAACGGUUUCCGGUCAUCGUUACCGUACUGUGGUAGCGAAACUGAGUCGGAAAUUUAUUCUCCAUACAGUUUCUACAGUUCAAACGACAAUAUGGACAGUCCAGGAAACGAGGACUACCAAGGCGAAAUGACUCCAAAGAACACAACCAGCAAAUUGAGAGUUAGGAAGGGAAGGAGCGUUGUUCACAAGAAUCUCGAGGAUAAUUACGGAGCGGUCGUUAUCGCAAAUCACGAAGCGUUGGCGCAAGUUUUAGAACAGGUACAACAAAGUGCAACCAUGCAACCAUCAUUACGGGGGCUCAAAGCUUGCACAAAUUUAAGAUGGAAUGAUUUCACACUCCAACAAAACAAGAACUUUACGAAAGCGGGCAAGAAAUUCUUUUACCCAGCAUGUUGGAACUCAAACCAAGGACCGGUUAAUGUAACAUUAAUGUUAUACAAGGAACAAAUGGCGUCUCAGUUGGUCUGUCAGUCUGUCCAACCGUCUACUUUGUGUUUGAACGCUAUCACGGAGUUCUGUGAUUUGGUACCGUUGCAGCAAUUUGGGGAAGAGGGAGAUGAUUUGGUACAAGCUACGAUCGUGGUCCUUGCAAACGCUCAAGUCGACACAAUAAAGUCCUACGGAGAACACCUUCACACAAUUGAAGGGACCAACAAAGACCAUCAACUAGUCCAAACAGACCAAAUUCACGAAGCAAUCUUCAUGAUGCUCCAACUUAUCAAUGGGUUGAAAUGUCUUCAAGCAAGGGGUGUUGAGGAAAUACCUGAAUCUCUGACGUCGUUCAUUAUAUUAAAGGAUACUCAAACCGGAAACCAUACAACAACAUCGGAAGACAGAUUGAAUUCAUUGUCGGCUCCCAAGACAAAUUGUUAUGGCAGACUGUGUAUAUUACAAGGAUUGACUGACGAUAUGAACUGUAGCAAAUCCACCGAAGAAGAUCUAUGUUCACUUUGCAAAUGUGCGUUAAAAGCAAUCGAAACUCUCUUACCAGGAGAAAAACUAACACCGCUAUUAAAAGAAGUACUACAAGAGGAGAGGGCUGUUUCACUAAACCACGCUAAAUCAGUCUUAGAAUUCAUGCUAUGGGGUCCGUUAGACGUAGUUCAAGGGGUUCCUGUCGAUGAAAGGGAGUUAUCUCUUCAGAGAUGGCUAGAUUUAGAAAGGGCGACAGUUUUGCAUGGUUUAGUACGAACAAGAGUACAGUUGAAUGUGUUUGAACAGCUACAUUUAAUGUUCUUAGUUCGAUCCACCGCUAAAGCGAUGUGUGACGCGUCUGUAUUGCUAGAAAGAGCAAAUGUGUAUUAAUUAUUUGGAAUAUAUUCUAUAAAUCUAUGGUUUUUUAAUGCUAAGAAAAAAUGUUCAUAUAAUUUUCUAUGGAAUAUCUUGUAUGAAAAUUUUAUCUUUAAGCAAAUAUAAAUAAAAUAGUUUAUAAACGAUGGACGUGUCUGUUGUGUCGUGUUGUGUUUAGACAAAAACGCUUAAUUUUAAAAGAUAUUUUUUAUCUUAAUUUUGUGUAGCGUUGUCUGAUUUAUAAUUAAUUGUGUACGGAGACACAUUUCUUUAAGCUUUACUCGAAUAAUUUUAAUGCGUGUGUGUUGCAAUAAAAAAUAUUGUUUUCAAAUUAAUUAAAAUCGGAAAUACGUAUUAUAAUCACACGUAGAUUUUUCUUUUGAAAGUUUUAUAUUAAACACAUGAGCAUUAAUAAAAGUUAAUAUUUAAUUUUUAAGAUUUUAUAAUUAAGUUAGGCACCGUCAAUGCUUUUUAAAAUUAAAGACACUAUCAAAUCCAGUUGGAUUCUGUUUGUUAUAUCAAUAUCUAUAAUUUUUAUUUGAAAUAUAUAUAUAUAUAUAUAUAUACAUUAUAAAUGAAUAUGUUGCUAUAUUAAAAAAAAAAAAAAAACAAAAUUUUUCUUGCCCGUUCAAAAAAAUCAACUGAUGCCAAAACCAAUGGAAUUUGUACUGAAAAGUUUAUACUCAAAUAAAUCGGUGCCACAUGUAUUAUACACUAACAAAUCUGUAAAUUAACACAUGUAAUUUAUAUUAUCAUAGUUAUAUUUAGUCUUGUAAGCAUUGCUACAGUUCAAAUGUUUAAUUUUUUCUUUUUUUUAAGUAUACCAUUCAUCGAAUACAAAUAAACAAAUUACUGAUUA